AUGCUUUCAACUCUCCGCGUCGCCAGCCGGUCGGCUGCCUCCCGUGAGGCCAACAUGCGCACCGUCAUGGUCGCUCGUCACGGCUCGACCUGGGCCAAUGUUCCCCAGGGUCCUCCUGAUGCCAUUCUCGGUAUCACCGAAGCUUUCAAGGCCGACUCCUUCAAGGAGAAGAUCAACCUGGGUGUUGGUGCUUACCGUGACGACAAGGGCAAGCCUUACGUCCUGCCCUCCGUCCGCACCGCUGAGGACAAGGUUGUCGCAUCCCGUUUCGACAAGGAGUACGCUGGCAUCACCGGUAUUCCCGCUUUCACCACCGCCGCUGCCGAGCUCGCCUACGGCGCCGACUCCUCUGCCAUCAAGGACAACCGCCUUGUCAUCACCCAGACCAUCUCCGGCACCGGUGCCCUCCGCAUUGGAGGCGCUUUCCUCAAGCAGUUCUACCCUGGCGCGAAGAAGAUCUACCUCCCCAACCCCAGUUGGGCCAACCACAAGGCUGUCUUCUCCGACUCCGGUCUCGAGGUCGCCCAGUACAGCUACUACAACAAGGAGACCAUCGGUCUCGACUUCGAGGGUCUGAUCGCCGACAUCAAGGCCGCCCCCGAGCAGAGCAUCAUCCUGCUCCACGCCUGCGCCCACAACCCCACCGGUGUCGACCCUACCGAGGCCCAGUGGCGCCAGAUCAGCGAUGUCAUGAAGGAGAAGAACCACUUCGCCUUCUUCGACAUGGCCUACCAGGGCUUUGCCAGCGGUAACGCUGACAAGGAUGCCUUCGCUCCCCGUCACUUCGUCAAGGAGGGCCACAACAUCGCUCUGUGCCAGUCCUUCGCCAAGAACAUGGGUCUGUACGGCGAGCGUGUCGGUGCCUUCUCUCUUGUCUGCGAGAACACCGAGGAGAAGAAGCGCGUUGAGUCUCAGAUCAAGAUCCUCAUCCGUCCCUUCUACUCCAACCCUCCCAUCCACGGUGCUCGCAUCGCCUCCACCAUCAUGAACGACCCCGCUCUGAACCAGCAGUGGCUCGGUGAGGUCAAGGGCAUGGCUGACCGCAUCAUUGAGAUGCGCUCUGCUCUCCGCACCAACCUCGAGAAGCUCGGCAGCAAGCACGACUGGUCCCACAUCACCAGCCAGAUCGGCAUGUUCGCCUACACUGGCCUCAAGCCCGAGCAGAUGGAUGCCCUUGCCAAGGAGCACUCCGUCUACGCCACCAAGGACGGCCGUAUCUCCGUCGCCGGUAUCACCUCCGGCAACGUGCAGAGACUCGCCGAGUCCAUCUUCAAAAUUACCGGUUAA